GCGGCGGUCUCCCAAGCACGCACCCGCACUCGCAGUCACACCGCCUCAUGGCGACCGACGACGGCGAGGGCCAGCAGCCGGUGGUGCUCAUCACGGGGUGCGCCAAGGGCGGGAUCGGGUACGAGUACUGCCAGGCCUUCGCGGGCCUCGGCUGCCGCGUGGUGGCCACCGACAUCCCCGACCAAGUCCCCGGCCUUGCCGCCGACCUCGCGGGCACGCCGGCCGCGGAGGCGCUCCCGCUCGACGUGACCUCGGACGCCAGCGUGGGCGCCGCCGUCAGCGACGUGCUGGCGCGGCACGGCCGCCUGGACGUGCUGCUCAACAACGCCGGCGUCGGCUGCACGGGCCCGCUCGCGGAGCUGGCCCCCGCCGCCGUGUCGCGCGCGCUCGACGUCAACUUCCUGGGCCAGGUCCGCACCGUGCGCGCUGUGGCGCCCCACAUGGCGGCGCGCGGGUCCGGCCGCAUCGUCAAUGUCGGCAGCGUCGUGGGCAACGCCGCCACGCCCUGGGCCGCGCCCUACUGCGCGUCCAAGGCCGCCGUGCACGCCGCCACCGACGCGCUCCGCCUCGAGCUCCGCCCCUUCGGGGUGCACGUCGUCAAGGUCGUGCCGGGGGCCGUCAGGUCGGGGCUGGGACGCGCCAACGCCGCGCACCUCGCCUCCCACCAGGAGUGGCGCAUGUACCGGGACUUCGCACCGGCCAUCGAGGAGCGCGCGAGGGCGUCGCAGACGGGGAAGGCCACGGACGCUGCCGUCUUCGCCAGGCACGUGGCGCGCCGGGUCAUGAGCGCGCGGCCGCCCAGGGAGAUCGUCUACGGCAACAUGACGCUGCUGUUCGCCGCGCUCGCCGUGUCGCCUGCGUGGGUGCGCGACGCCUUCUUUGCCAACCGCUUCGGGCUCAACAAGAAGCAGCGCUAGUUCAUCACAUCACUAGCACGUGUUCUUCUUGCGUUGGCCGAUCCAGUUCUCCACUCCGCCGAAUAACCGACGAGUCACCCACACCCGGCCACCCUGCAUCUUCAUCAUCUUCUUUUCUUUUCAUUUGAUAUGAAGUAAGCAACCAAAGCAUGAAUCUUCUUUUACUACUAGCACCUGUCUGUCAACGAAAAAACGCUUAAAACAUCAGCAUUCGUUAACAAUUGUGCUGUUCUUUCAA